CACCGCACUGCAUUGCACUGCAAAAGAUCUACCUAGCACUCUACUCGACUAGACAUUAAUGCCUCUCUCACCAACAUGCCUCCCCUCCAUCCUACCACCACAACCACCACAACUUCCUCCUUCACCCUAAACAACACCCUCACCUCCAUCCCCCAUCCCGAUAAGCACCUGACCCCGACCUCAAAGAGGAAUCCCCCUCUCCUCCGCCGCAAAUCCACCAUCCACCACCUCCGCCACUGGCUCUCGCAGCACCUGCCCACCAACCCCUCUUCCCCUUCCCCAGGUGCCCCAGGUUCCCCGUCGAAACGCCUCAGAAAACCAACCUACCAUCGGUCACCCCCACCACCCCCCCCUCAGCCCCGAGAGCAGCACCAGCACUGCAACCCCGACUCCAAAUCCGAAACCGACACCUUCUCCACAACCAUCUCCACCAGCAGCUCAAGGUCCUCCUCUCCGACCCCGUCGACUGAACAUUUGGGCGUAGAGUAUGAGGCGUACUGUCGGGCGUUUUCGUCGGGGUUGACGGCCGAGAGUUACGCCUACGCCGAUCCGCACCAUCAUCCACUGGCCAGUGACUAUCGAGGGGAUCAGCAUUACCCUCAUGCAGAAGCACCUGCAGCUGCAGCUGCAGCAACAAUAACAACAAUAACAACAACAAGGCAACCCACCCGCUCAACCACAACCACACCAGGAACCAGACCUAGCCGAAGAAGAAGAGGAAGACCAUGGCGAAUCGACGAGAUCCGUCGACCGGAGGAUGUGCGGAUGUUGUCCGGGGGGCAGGCGCUUCAUCAUCAUCAUCAUCAUCAAUACGAGCGGGAUUAUCCAGAUCCCCGGGAUCAUCACCCGCCGGAUCGCCACGAUCGACCGGACUAUAGGGAUAGCGAGGCUGAGCCCGAGGGAGGGCUCAUAGAUCCUCCUCACGAUCUCACUACCGCAACCACCACCAACAUAACUCCGAAUACCGAUAACCACAGCCACAUCAUUAAUCCCGAGAAAAGCAAAGAUAUAGAGCAGUUCUCCAACAUCACCACCACCACCACCAAGAAAAGCGACAAUGCACCCGAGCCCAACCACAAAACCACAACCACCAACACCACAACACCAAACCCAGAAGAAGAGCAAGCACCCAUCUUCCCCCCUACACCAAUUAUUACUCCAAACACCCAAUUCCAAACACAAGAGAUCCUGCACUGGCUGCGCCACCGCUCCUCCCUGGACUCCAUCGACCGACAAGCGUUCGAGCAGCAUCGGUACCUCCACGAAGGAGGAGACCACCCAGACACAGACGCUGACGCAGACACCGAUGCAGACACCGAUGCAGACAACAACACCAACACAGACCGACAGACACAUGCAGCCGCUGCCCACUGGCACCGCCAUCCUCCCCGCCGCUCCCCGCCGCUCCGCGUCCUCACCCCGGCACGAUAUGAACAGCUCCGCAAACACGCCACGCCACAACCACCCCGAAAACCCUGGUGGGGGACGGUGCAGAGCUAUUGGGCGCGAAUGCGGCCACGCAGCGAGGCGGCCAGGCGGGAGGCGAGGAGGGAAAAGCAGGAGGCCGAUUGGUAAGAGACAGAAGAAACAUACGGUGCGAUUGAGGCCUUGCAACCUCCCUGGCGGGGUGUCACCCGCACAGCAAACAGGAAAAAACAACUCCAACCCAGUCGGGCAUGAAAUCGUCGGGUGUGGAUGGCUUUUUGCCCUUCUGUUUUGUCUUGUGCAACCACUUACACGUCCAAUGGGAUCCCUUGGAGAGGGGCUUUGUAGAACACGGAGAGUCACAAGAAAGAAAGCGGAGAACAGGGGUAUCCUGAGUAUUCUAUUACAUACAGCCUAGGCCAA